AUGACUGACCUUACUGCGCCCUUGAACCCAGCCAGGAUUCUGAAAAGAGCUGGGGGAUUGCGCAACAGCAACGGCCAGGUCGUUAAAGAACUUGACGAUGGCCCACCGCAGCCCACCUCCAAUGGAUUCAGCGCCUCUAUCAAGCGGAAGUUCCAUGGCUUCAAGAUUCGCGCGGGCGCCCUUGCAAGGUCCAAAUCCUUUAAUGGGGAGACAACGCGGACAGUGAGCGAGUCGGAGAAGAAGUUCAAAAAACCCCUUUCCAGGUCACUCACGGAUGUUACAACCGUUGAAAGCCCCAUCUCGCCGCGUGCACGGAGCACACCGAGAUCAAAGUCCAAGAGGUUCUCAGCACAACCGCGACUACAAACUCUUCCAAGUCUCUCCGAAGGCACAUCUGUCGACCAUGUCACGUCCCCUGCAAGCGCUGAAGCAGUCGAGCCAACAUCGCCCAUCAUAGGCAACGUUCGGGUCCCGCAGCUCCUGCAACUUGGGACGCCGAUGACCAAGGUUUCACUCAAAAGGCACCAAAAGUUUGUGUUUCGCCUCGACGCCGACUUAGGGCAGAUCGUAUGGGAGUCAAAGAAGCAUAAAAUAAUCCCCAUUGAGAACAUCAAGGAGAUCAGGUCAGGCGAUGAUGCCAGGUACUAUCGCCAGCAGUUUCAUCUGUCUCAAGAGUACGAAGAUCGCUGGCUCACUAUCAUUUACCUUCUGGACGGCAACUACAAGACCUUACAUCUUAUCGCGGCCACUAAGGAUGUUUUCCAGCUCUGGAACCGCACUCUACGGGAUCUACAUGCUAUUCGUUUGGAGCUUAUGAGGGGUUUAGGCAAUGUGGAGAUGCGUCAGGCGUUGUGGGAGAAGCAUUAUUGGAAAGGCGCUGAUGAGGAACAAGACCAGAAGCUGACUUUCGACGAAGUGGAGAAACUUUGUCGGCGGUUGAACAUCAAUUCAACCAAUGAGGAUCUGUUGAGACUAUUCAAGCAAGCCGACACCCAAAACCGUGAAUUCUUGGACUUUGAUGACUUCCGUCGCUUCGUGAAGCUUCUUAAAGCGCGUCCAGAAAUUGACAGACUGUAUAAGAAGCUUCGGGCACAGAACAACGGGGUUUUUGACUAUGGGGUAUUCGAAAGGUUUCUGAAAGAAGAACAACACUCUCAGUUGUCGGCACCAGAACUUCGUGCUUUGUUCAAUAAAUAUUCAACGUCUUCGCCACCUGUCGUGACUCGGAGGGGAGACACAUGCGAACAUCCAGAUUCUGCGUCUACUCCUGUCAUUACUAUCGAUGCUUUCACUGCUUUUCUUCUCUCGCCCGACAACUCUAUCUUCGCAGAUCAGCAUAACGAUGUUUGGCAGGAUAUGACGCGCCCCCUGCCUGAGUACUUUAUUUCGUCAUCACAUAACACGUAUCUUGUAGGGCACCAGUUAGUGGGGGUCAGCACCAUUGAAGGGUAUAUCAGGGCUUUGUUGCAUAGUUGUCGGAGUGUCGAAGUGGACAUAUACGACGGUGAACUCGAGCCCAUGAUCUUCCACGGAAAGACGUUUACUUCCAAAGUAUCAUUGAGGGAAGUAUGUCAAGCGAUAGCAAAGUACGGCUUUGUUGCAUCACCAUAUCCCAUCAUUAUUUCAGCGGAGGUGCAUUGCGGACUGUCAGGGCAAGACAUGAUUGCAGAGAUCAUGUUGAAGGAGUUCGGGGAUAGUUUGGUUAAAGUGCCUGUUGACGCUGAAGGCGUGAUUAUGAGGGAAAAGAUAGAGCAGCUACCGAGUCCUGAGGAGUUGAAGGGAAAGAUUUUGCUGAAGGCAAAAAACUUUAACCUGUUGAAGUCGGAUUCUGAUAGUGACAUUGGAUACUACACUGACCCAUCAUCUUCCGCUUCCGAUUCCGAGGCUUUUUAUGACGUUUCCAAGGAACCUAGGCCGUUUCCAUCACCCAAGGAACAAAGGAAGGAAAAGUCGGGAAGGCAGUCUGAUAGUUCUAUGAAAGACCAACUUGCUAAGGCUGGAACGAACAUUCUGAAGCGCGUGAAAAGCGUGCGGCGGCGAAGCUCUGCUAAUUCUACUGGCUCUUCAAAGGCAAUCAUUUCACAGUCUUCGCCCACUUCAGCAGUCUUUUCUCAAUCGCCUCCGUCAAUGUCCUUUGUUUCUCAGUCUCCUCCACCGAUAGCUUCAUCUACACCCUCUAUGAAUGCUCUUCUCAAAAGUAAGCAACCAUCGGGGCCACCACCACCACAAUCCAUUGCUUCAAGUCUUUCCUUGCCUAUACCGUCCCCUUCAUCACCACGUGGCUCCAAAGCAUCUCUCCCUGUUUCUCUUCCUAUUCCUAUACCUGGACGCCGCUCCGAUGUUGGCCCAAGCGACCGCCCUAAACCUAAAAUGUCUUUUGCUCUUCUCGCCUUGCUCGUCUACACAGUCGGUGUGAAAUGGCGAGGUAUUAACAAGAAAGAAGAGUAUGCUCCUGAGCAUAUGUUCUCAUUGUCAGAAAAUAUGGCGAACAAGAUAUUGAGGUUUGGGAUGUGGGAUUUGAUUAAGCAUACGAAGACGCACUUGGUGCGCACGUACCCUAAGGGUACAAGGUUGAGCUCGACGAAUUACCAACCACAUCGGUUUUGGGCGUCGGGUGCGCAGUUGGUAGCCAUCAAUUGGCAAACAUUUGAUCUGGGAUACAUGAUAAACCAUGCUAUGUUCCAACGUAAUGGGCGUUCCGGCUACGUUUUAAAACCCGAUGCCAUUCGCCUCGCUCAGAAAGACCGCUUGGCAAAGCGUACAAUGCAUAGCUUUGAUGUCACCAUCAUCUCAGCCCAACAGCUCCCAAGGCCGAAGGAUGCCUUUGGCCACGAGGUUGAAGAGAAAGCCAUCGUGGAUCCUUAUGUGGAGGUCACGAUACAUAUCCCAGACUGGCCGGUCGUCUUGAAGGACAAGGAGAAAGAGAAACAUGAUGGAUCAGGAGGACAGUCUAUUCCUACAACCAGCCCUCAACCACAUUCCGUUCUAGCCGCCCCUGCUAUUGUGGCGGCCACAGAAGCUACCACAUUGCUACCCGUCGCUCUCCCUGUCACAGCCGCUACAAAUCAGACCCCACUAGCUUCGACACCCGGCCGGUCGACAUCUUCACGGACCUCUGCUGUCAGAAAAAAUGGUUUCAAUCCAGUGUGGGAAGAGACGCUACGUAUCCCAUUUGAUUGUGUUGGGGACAUGAUGGACCUGAUUUUUGUCAGGUUUGUUGUGCGCCAGGAAGAUAAGAAGGACACCGAUGAGCCGCUUGCUGUAUAUUGUGCUUCCUUGGGAAGUCUGCAGCAAGAACUUUCAACAAUGUCUAUAUUCCCGACAUCAUAA